ACUGUCAUUUUAAUCAUUCAAUUCAAAACAGCAUGUUUUUGUCGGUGUCGUGUGGAUCAUGAGCGCUUUUGGUCUUGUUAACUUGACGUAUAAAAAUAGUUUAAACAUAUUUUUCUCGACGCAAAAUGAAGAACCUACCGGUACUCACCAACCUUAAGCCAAUAUUCAAGGAAAUCCCUAAAAACCAAAACAAGAUUCUCGCCAACCUUGGGGUCCCCCACAUCGACUCGUUCAAUUAUAUGCUCGACGAGGGAAUUGCGGAUGUUAUCCGGAAUUUGGAGCCGGUUCGAUUCGAAUUGCCCAACAAAGAUCGUGUUUCGCUGCAGAUUUCCGACUGUAUUAUCGCGAAACCAACGGUACCUUUGAGUCAGCUCAAUGUGAGGGAGAGGCGGAUUUUCCCAUCCGAGUGCCGGCAGAAAAAUGAGAACUACACAGGUAUGUGUACGAUUACCAUCGAAUGGGAGAUAAAUGGUCAGUCCAGGCCGCCAAUCACGCGGGACGUUGGUCCACUGCCGAUUAUGCUACGAUCUAAGGCAUGUAACUUAGCCGAUUUAACCCCCUCCGAGCUAGUGAAACGGGGUGAGCAUGAGGACGAAUGGGGAGGGCAUUUUGUUAUGCGUGGUUUAGAGAAGCUCAUUCGAAUGCUCGUUAUGACGAGAAGAAAUUUUCCGAUUGUGAUCAAUCGGAACUCGUGGAAGGACCGGGGAAAGGAGUUCAGCAGCACAGGGGUCAUGUUCCGAUGUGUCAAAUCGGAUCAAACCGCCACGACAAACGUCCUCCACUACCUAUUAAAUGGAACUGUGAAGCUGAUGAUAUCCAUUGGAAAAUCGCUUAACUACAUCCCGAUCAUGAUGUUGCUGAAGGUAUUGUCGAAUUACACGGACAAUGAAAUUUACAAACGGCUAGUCGCAGGUUUCGAAGAUGAUCAGUACUAUAAGCACUGCAUCCAAUGUAUGCUCCGAGAACUACACGAGGAAUCGAUACACAACCAAUUCGAAUGCAUAAACUAUUUAGGUGGCGCAUUCCGUCAGCGGCUGUAUUUCUUACCUUCAUGGUACACGAACGAAGAAGUGGUUGACCAUCUGCUAAGAAAUUGUGUACUCAUCCAUCUUGAUAACAACUUGGACAAAUUCAAUCUGUUGAUUUUCAUGAUGCAGAAAUUGUUCAGCGCAGCUCAGCGGCGCUGUAGAACAGAAGGUUCCGAUAGUGUAAUGAUGCAAGAAUUGCUUCUGGGUGGACAUCUUUACCAGAAAAUGCUCCGAGAGCAUUUCAUUUCAUUCUUGAAUGGAAUGAAAUUCAACAUUCUGAAGCUCUGCCCGGAUACCGAUGCGUAUCUUACUCAAAACGAAGUAGUGCUGGCUUGUAAGAACACGGCGAAUUUUGAUCGGUCAUUUGCCAACUUCAUUUCUACUGGAAACUUACCGAGGGCCAGCGAGAUGGGAUUGAUGCAAGAUUCUGGAUUGGUAAUUAUUGCGGAGAACAUUAACCGGAUGAGAUAUAUGUCUCAUUUCCGGGCCGUUCAUCGUGGUUCGUUUUUCGUGACUAUGAGAACCACCGAAGCGAGACAGUUGCUGCCCGACGCGUGGGGUUUCAUCUGUCCUGUUCACACACCAGAUGGGACACCUUGUGGAUUGUUGAAUCAUCUGACAUCCGAUUGUCUCGUUUCGAAGAGUCCCGACCUGGUGAAGGUGAAAAAUAUCGAAAAGCAUCUGAUCAGUUUCGGGAUGACUCCCGUCAAUAGUAUUGACUUAGAAAACCAAAAGGCUUCAGAUAUUUAUUCGGUUUUACUCGAAGGGCGAGUUAUCGGUAAUAUUCCCAGGAACAUAGCAGUGCAAAUAACGCACAAACUGAGACUGCUUAAAAUCGAAGGAAAGGAAAUCCCAGAAGCGACAGAAAUAGUUUUUAUACCGGCCAAAGAAGGUGGUCAAUAUCCAGGGGUGUACAUAUUUGUUGGUGCGGCUCGCAUGGUUCGACCCGUUAUAAACCUGUUUGCCAACAAAGUCGAGCUGAUUGGAACAUUCGAGCAAGUCUAUAUGGAUAUUUGCAUCACACCGGAUGAAGCCUACCCAAGAGUAACAACGCACAUGGAGCUAUCGAAAACGUCUUUUCUGAGCAAUUUGGCGAAAUUGAUUCCCAUGCCCGAUUGUAAUCAAUCUCCUCGUAAUAUGUACCAAUGUCAGAUGGGUAAGCAGACGAUGGGAACUCCGUGCCACAACUGGCAACUACAGUGUAUCGCCAAGUUCUAUCGGCUGCAAACGCCGGGUACGCCUCUAUUCCGGCCCGUUCAUCACGACAACAUCAAUUUGGACAACUAUGCAAUGGGUACGAAUGCUAUCGUUGCCGUUGUCUCUUAUACUGGUUACGACAUGGAAGACGCUAUGAUUAUCAAUAAAUCAGCCUUCGAACGUGGAUUCGCCCAUGGAAUGGUUUAUAAAAAUGAACUAAUCGAACUGAAGGGAGACAGCUUCUUUGCCCGUGAUCCGCACCACGAGAUGCUAAAAACGUUUCUGGAUAACGAUGGGCUUCCCUAUCGCAGUGCUUUCUUGAAACACAAAAAUCCGCUGUAUUGCUAUUUCGACACCGAAGAUCACACAUACCACACGGUCAAAUUUGAUGGACAUGAAGAAGGAAUCGUAGAUAAUAUCAAAUUGUGCGGAUCCACUUCAUCCAAUGCACCAAAACGGGCUGUGAUUACCUAUCGGAUUGUCAGAAAUCCGAACGUUGGCGAUAAAUUUGCUUCCCGUGCUGGGCAGAAGGGUAUUUGUUCGCAGAAGUGGCCAGCGGUGGAUCUCCCCUUCACUGAGUCCGGCAUGAUUCCGGAUAUCAUUUUCAAUCCACACGGGUUCCCCUCGCGUAUGACAAUUGCUAUGAUGAUCGAAACGAUGGCUGGCAAAACAGCUGCGUCCCAUGGACUGGUCCAUGAUGCGACGCCGUUCAGAUUCACGGAGAGCAAUACUGCGAUCGAUUACUUUGGUCGAUUGCUGGAAGCUAGUGGGUACAACUAUUUCGGCACGGAACGAAUGUACAGCGGAGUGGACGGAAGAGAGCUGAAAGCGGAUAUAUUCUUCGGAAUUGUUCACUACCAACGGUUGCGACAUAUGGUGUCCGAUAAGUGGCAAGUGAGAUCAACUGGACCGUUGGACCAGUUAACCCAUCAACCGAACAAAGGUCGUUCCAGAGGUGGAGGCGUUCGUUUCGGUGAAAUGGAACGUGACGCACUGAUUGCACAUGGUGCUUCCUUCCUACUGCAGGAUCGGUUGUUCCACGGGUCUGACAAAAUCACAACUUUGAUCUGCAGAGGUUGUGGAACGCUGCUGGGGCCUAUCAGCAGUAUAACGAAAAAGGUUGCUUCAAGUACCACGGAAACUCAACGUACACCGGCCACGUGUAGAUUAUGUCGUGAUGAUAAAGAAAUUGGGUACGUGGAAAUACCAUAUAUUUUCAAAUUUUUAGUUUCCCAGCUGACAGCGAUGAACAUCAAUGUGAAACUGGACCUGGCAAUGCCCCAAGCCUAGAUUUCGAAGACUUUCUGUUUUCACUUUUUGGUAAUAAAAAGUUAUUCUAAACACUUUGUUUUGUAGUUUUGUAGUGAAUAUUAAAACUGAAUGAAGUUAAAGAAAAAAAUA